AUGACCGUCAUAAUCCACCCCAUAGGCCUCUAUAGCAUGCAGUGUGCGACCAGUCAGACGAGCGAACAUGGUUCCGCGUGUUGUCUCCGUGUUGGCUACCAGGUGAACCCCUUUCUGGGCGCCAACGGCGAGAAUUGCGAUAUGCAGUUCUGGGCCAACUACUGGUACUGCGUCAACACGGGCAAAGCCGGCGUCGUGACAGAGACGAGGACAACCAUGACAAUCAUGACGUCGACUGACCAGACUGUCGAGACUAUCGUUUUGGUGGAUACUAGUAGGUCCGGUGAUGCUGCGGUACUGGGUAUUAUCCCGUCUCCAAUAACAAAUAUAACAAUUCCUAAGGCAACUGCGUCCCUAGAUCUGAUAUCGACCGCUGGAGCUUCUGGAACUACUGCUCUGCAAGUUGCGAUGUAUCUCGGCUUUGCCUACAAGGCUACCUACCGCGCGCUGAACUAG